UAGAGCAGGGAUUGUUCCUGUUUUUAUCUGAUUAUCUUUAGUCUAUCAUUGCACAGCGAGGAUGCAGGGGAAGGAGACGAGCUUUUGCACGGGAUGCUGGAGACUAACGCUGCUGUCGUGCGUCCUGGCUCUGCACUUGAUCCCGGUGUCUGUCCACGGGGACGUUGUGGGGAUCAAUGCCACUGGGCCGGACAGCGCGGCCAAUGUUACCUCCCUGCUUAACGAGGCGAAAGGGCCUGUCAACAAGGUCGUCGCCCCGGUAACCAGGAUGAGCAGCUCAGCCAGUCUCGACACUGUAAACCCUGUGACCGUGAGGGCGGGCCGGGUCCCCCGUGCCGGCGAUGAGGAGGAGCAGAGCAGCGGCAUGUUCGGUGAAGCGGUGGUUCCUGUCGUGGAGGAAGUGGGUGUCGCAGCCCCGCCUCAGCUCAGCCCUGACUCGGCUGAGACGGAGCACCUGCUGCCUAGCAACCCACGUAAACAGGAAGUCAUGGAGGGUGAGGAGGAGGAGGAUGAAGAGGAAGAGCGUCUGCCACACACUGACCCACCUUGGAUCCAUGCCAAAGACACAGCCGUGUUUGACCUGGACCACCUUUUCACCACCACCGCCCCGCCCUCGCCUUCCACCAACCCCUCUAACCCUGACGUCCUCCACGUGGACUUCUUUGACCCCUCCUCUCGCGGACGCAGCCUGGACCUGGCCCCGCCCCCAACUUCAUCACUGGCCCAUGAGCUUCAGGGUGGCGACCCGACCUCCUGGGCGAUGCCAGACAACUACGACUACCUCACACCCUACGAGGACGGCGUGUCCCCCACUGCUGAUGAGUACACCUACAGCACCACAACCGAUGCCUACGAGAGCGACGAAGACCUCCGGGUGUCUGCUGGGUCUCCAGCUCGCUCCAGGCCCAGAGCCCCAGGAUCAGGCUCCUCAGUCCCAGGGAGCGCAGGAGCUCCGCUACCAAACAUCCCUGUGGCGGCUCCUCCAGCGGCCUCACCUGUGGACGGGUCAGACGGGCAGGGAGGAUGCCGCGUGGGCUACCAGAUGGUGAACGGAAGCUGCCGCUCCCCCUGCGACAUGCUGCCCAACUACUGCUUCAACAACGGACAGUGUUACCUGCUGGAGGGAAUGGGAGUCUUCUGCAGGUAUGAUCACAGCAUCAAAGACGCAAAGCAGAACAACAUUUCGAGCAUGGCUUUAAAAGAAACAAUCAAUAAGCCAAUAAGAGCCAGCAGUAAGUACCGGCCUUCAUCGGAGCAGCACAAUGAUAAUUUCUCGCUGUCCACCAUCGCUGAGGGCUCCCACCCAAAUGUAAGGAAACUGUGCGACACCCCUCCUAACGUCCCUCAUGCCCGUGCAUUGGCUUACUAUGAUAACAUUAUCUGUCAGAAAACCAUGAGCAGAUACACCUGGGAGUGUAAGACCAAAGAGGAGUCCGACUGUGAGGAUGAUCCUAAUUCCCAGAACAAGCUGGAGGACCCGGUGAAGGCAUCGCCCAAGGAGGAUGACUCCCUCAACAUCCACAACUCUCUGACCCCCAAACACGAGAACCACAAGGUCCUGGGCGAGGAGAACUCCUCGGAGGUAAACUCACUGCAGAACAACAUGAUGUGA